GUAUAAAAAGUACACAUGUCAUCUGUCAGCAUUCAGAACAUGACAAUGAGGUCUAUCAAAGUUUUGUGUGUCGCUGUGACUGUACUUCUCAAUCUGAAAGGUUCUUUCUGUCAGCUUGAUGUGUGUGGCCAAGCUCCAUUUAAUACCAAGAUUGUUGGAGGGGUGGAUGCGAUUGUAGGGUCUUGGCCCUGGCAAGUAAGCAUUUGCGAUGCUUAUCAAUUCCAUUUCUGUGGUGGGAGUCUCAUCAAUAAGAACUGGGUUUUGUCUGCAGCUCACUGCUUUCAGAGCAUUAACAGGUCACACAUUAUGAUCUACUUGGGACGCCAGAACCAAAAUGGAUCAAAUCCACAUGAGAUUAAUAGAACGGUAAUUCAGCUCAUCAACCAUCCUGAUUAUAACACAAUAACUAAUGACAAUGACAUAGCACUGCUCCGGCUCUCCUCUUCUGUGUAUUUCACUGAUUAUAUUAAACCAGUCUGUCUGGCUGCUGCUGGUAGUGUGUUUGAUGAAGGACUUUCAAGUUGGGUCACAGGAUGGGGGGACACUGGAAAUGGCACAUCUCCUGACAUAUUGCAGGAAGUGGAGAUUCCAAUUGUGAGCAACUUUUAUUGCAAUAUGGCCUAUAAUAGUGAUAUCACAGACAACAUGCUGUGUGCUGGACUGAUAAAUGUCGGAGGGAAAGACUCCUGUCAGGGUGAUUCUGGAGGGCCACUGGUCAGUAAGCAGAACUCCAAGUGGAUUCAGUCUGGAAUUGUGAGCUUUGGUAUUGUUUGUGCGGACCCCCGGUUUCCUGGUGUGUAUGCCAGAGUGUCUAAGUAUCAGGACUGGAUCAAGAGUCACAUAGUCAGUAACCAGCCUGGAUUUGUUGCAUUCCACAGUAAUAUUUAUGUUAUAUUCAGUGGAAGCUCACCCAGUCUUUACUUGUUUUCCCUUUCUCUCACAUUCUCCAUCAUCCCUCUCAUCUUCUGUGUCUUUUUUUAAUUGUGGUCUGAGUCACUAUUAUUGGUUAUAGUAAUAGUCUUUGUAUAGUGACCAAGAUGUCUGUACACACUGUCAUAAAUAGAUGAAGAGAGAUUUCUUUUUCUUUUGUUUGAAAAGUAGCUUUGGGUUUACAGUUUUGGGUUUAUCAGUACUGUUGAUAGAAAAUGUAUCCUUUUAUAUAGCUCAGCAGAGGGCUUGGUUAAGAAAAGAUCAUUUGAGAGAAUGCUGAAUAACUCGACCUUUGCAUUCAUCAACAAAGUGUUGAGUCAAUGUGAUCCGAUAGCUUUCAAGAUUUUAUUUGACUCAUUUUAUGUACUAAUCAUUAACUGCUGUAAUCACUCAAUAUAAACAGAAUAAAUCAUUGAUUUUGAGCAAACAUAUUCUUUUGUCGAUAUUGCCAAACACUCAUUUGACAUAGUGAGCACCAGAAUAUAUCUGAUGUCAUGCCAUUGAUAGCCUUCAUGCAUAAGUUCUCAUAAGAAACCAAAUAAUAUCAAACAAGAGGAAUGUUUUGUGGAAAACAUAGACACAGCUAGGGGAGUUUUUGUUAUGAUCACACAUUUUCCAAAACAAAGCAAGAUAAAACCUUCAUACUAUAUGAUGUCACAAGUCAAAAUGAAUUCUAAUGUAAAAUUCUUUAAAUCACAGACAAUUGAGCUUAGACGAUGUAUUUUUCUGCAUUUUUUAAUUUUAAUAGAUUUCUCUGCGAAGGUACCAACUGUAUAAUUCACUGCUAGGCCUACUAACUAAUGGUUUUUAUGUUUAUGAGGUGUUUUUAAUGUUUUGAGACAACCCAUGUGCCAGUUUUUUAUUUUAAACCAUUGCAUGCUGAAUAUUUUCUCCAUAAAACUGCAGUUUACCAAAGACAAUUUAAAAAAUGCGGUUUGAAACUGCUCCUGUCAAUGAUGUCAUAAACCUGUAACCGAUCACAUCAACUCAUUUGACCCCUGCGGACAAGCAGUUUGAGGCAUAAAUAUGCAAAGUGGCGCACAGAUGUGGGCUAAAAUUAUCGCUGCACUGCUGUGUCAGGUCUCAGUUUCACUUUCAGUUUUGCGUUUGAGUGCGAUUGAGUGGAGGCGGGGCUAUUUUGCAUAUUCAUGUAUCUGCGUAUACUUAAUGAAGCUGAGAUGUAGAGUUACAUUCAAGCUAUUUUAAGGAAGGAAAAUUUGUUUUCAAAGGAAAAACGUUUAAAUAUUUUGAUGAUAAAAGAUUCGUUUUAAAGGAUAAAAUUAUCGACCACAUGGGGGACUUUAAAGUUUAGAUUAUUUUUCAUAUUGUAAGCACAGGUAUUGUGAAGGAGGUUCAUGAGGAAAAUGGAGGAAAACAUUUUCAGAUGUUUUAAUUGAGAUUACAAUGGCAUUUAAUACUGUAUAUUUAGAUAGUAUGUUACUUUUUGAAACAAUAAAAACAG